AUGAUUCGUAAAGUGCCCAAGCUUUACGGCAACCAGCUAGCCAAAUUCAAAUUGGAUACAAAUGCACCUACACUGGAGCUACUAUCAAGGUUGGGGAUUGUGACGUACCCACGUUCCGGAUUAGUGAAUUGGUCAAAGACGGGGCUCAUUAUUCAAAACAAGAUCAAUUCCAUCAUCAGAAAACACAUGGACAGUAUACAGUUUGAAGAGUUGAGCUUGUCUUUGCUAUCGUACAAGACAGGAUGGAUCAAAACAGGCAGAUGGAACCAGCCAGAGAUUUUCAAAUUACAGAAUGGCAAGUGUGCCGCUGAUUUUUUACUCGUUCCCACUUGUGAAGAGGAGAUUACCCAGUAUGCCAAACAAGAAUUGGACAGUUAUAAGCAGUUGCCACUCAAGUUUUACCAAAUUAAGGAAAAGUUUCGUGACGAAAAGAGACCGAGGGGAGGUCUUCUUCGUGGCAAAGAGUUUUUAAUGAAGGACGGGUAUUCGUUUGAUGUAGACGAGGAGAAGGCUUUGGAGACAUACAAGUCAGUUGUUGGAGCUUACCACAAGAUUUUUGACGAAUUGGGUGUUCCCUAUGUCAAAGCUCAAGCAGAUAGUGGCGAUAUUGGUGGAGACUUGAGCCAUGAAUGGCAAUACUUGAAUGACACAGGAGAGGAUACGGUGUUUAGUUGUGAUUCAUGUGGUCACGUGUCGAACCAGGAGAAGACGAUAUCAUACCCCAAGGAAGGUGAGUCGGUUGCCGGUGAUGGUGUGUCUGUGAGGUAUUUCAUUACCGAUGACAAGUCUACAUUGGUGUGUGCGUACUACCCCGCGGGGAGAAAACUUGAGCCAAAAUUUGUUCAGCUUGAGGUUCCCGAUAUGUUGUUGAAUGUGGAUGAAAAGGAUGUUUUUAAAGAGUUUGAACAGGUUGACGAUUUGUCAAGGAGGGUUGUACGAGUAAUGGAUGCUCGAUUGAAUUCAAGGUCCAACUUUCCUGAUUUCCCAGUUGAGUUCCAUAACCGAUCCAUGAUUACCACGUUGACUGAUGUUCCUAUAGUGCUUGCAGAAGCAGGUGAAGUUUGUGGGGAAUGCGACAGAGGCACAUUGAGCGAACAACGAGCAAUUGAAGUGGGCCACACCUUCUAUCUAGGAAACAAGUACUCGAAACCAUUGGGAUUAACUGUGGAUGUACCAGAGGAAGGUAAAGUGGUUAGUAAGACGGUAAUGAUGGGGUGUUAUGGUAUCGGUGUUAGUCGAAUUGUUGCGGCAAUUGCAGAGAUUAACCGAGAUAGUGAUGGGUUACGCUGGCCACGAAGUAUAGCGCCGUGGGAGGUAACAAUUGUUGAAGCUUCAACCAGUGCUGAGUUUGGCGAUGUUUAUUCGCGCUUCAGUUUUGAUUACAGACUUGAUGAUAGAGAUGUUUCACUUGGACUCAAGAUUAAGCAAUCCAACAUGAUGGGUAUUCCAUUGGUGGUGAUUCUAGGGAAAAGAUUCCCAAUGGUAGAUAUUGAAGUUAGAGGCAAAAGACGAGAUGGACAGCCACUAGAGGUCAAACACCAGGUACAUGUAGAUGAUUUGUCCCACACUGUAAAUAGUUUAUUAACAAACAUGUAA